UGAUAGUUUCUGGUCUUAAAACUUGUCAUUGUAAUUGGAUAUUUCAAAAAUCUAUUAACAAUAACAAAGAUUACAUGAAUAAUUCUAACAGCUACCCAUUACUUUGUGCUUUCUACGUACUGGCCACUAUGCCUACCAUGUUUAUUUAUAGUAUUUACUUAAUCCUUAUUUCCUCACAUAAUUGUUCCCAUUUUCCAGAUGGAAAAACUGGAGUUCAAAUUAAUUCAUUUGCCCAAGAUGACACUCAGUAAGUGCAAAAGCCAGGAUUAAAACCCAGGCUUCUUUGGUUUUAAACCUGUACUUUUAAUCACGUUUAUACUACUGAUUAAACAGGUAUGCCCCCAAAUUAAGGAACUUAUAAGUGGUUUUGUGCUUUUUGUUUUGUUUUGUUUUUAGCUUCAUUAUCUUACCCAAAGAGCACAGGCCCACAUUUGUUGUGGCAUUGUCCAUAGAGCUUAAGAAGUUUAAAGUUCAGGAUAUCAAUCAUAUGCAUAAAGUAUGAGUGUGCUUUAGAAGUUUACUUAAGAACAAAAUUGGAAUUAGAUUUGUCCACCAAAAUGCACAUUUUUAAUUUGAAUUGUGAGAGAGAUAGGAAUACAGUUUUGAUUCAGCUGCAGUUAGUAGACAGAUUAACAUCUUGAUAUAAUAUUGAUCCCCAUUUUGCAUAUACACUCUCUUUUCUGUGUAUUUGUAUUACAUUUUUAGAGGUAAUUGCAGUUUUUCACACACUUCCAAGCUGCUUCCAUCAGUAAUGAAAUAGUUGGCUUGGGCAGUCUCUGGAGUCCCAGUGUUUCAGCUUAAACUUUCCACUGGGCUCUGCCAGGCACUAACUUUUAAAAUAUCUUUUUUUAUGGAGAACGCCUCCAAAAGGUGCAGCUGUGUGCUGGUUUCAUCUUGCACUUCAUAGCAGUGUUGGCACCACUUAAUGCAAAGAAUGCCACUGUCUCCCACACACCGCUGGUGCCCAAGGACUGUUGAGGCCUGUUCGUGUUAGUGGUUUGGGAAGGGUUUAAGUUUGGAGAGAAGGCUCUCUUCUGUUCCAUGUGAUUGGUUGUCACCAGGGCAAAGGGGGAAAAAUAGAACUAGUGGAAAGUGCAGCAUCGGGGUGUGUCAUCAGAAAUUCUUUCUACAACCUGGGACGCCUAAUUCAUCGGUGUUCUUGUCAACACCGAAGACUGAUUCCUCCUUUCAUUUGAGAUAAUGUGUGUCUUGGAUUCACCACUUUUAGACCUUUCUGCUAUUCUCUCUUCCCUUUCUAAGCAGUGCUGAUUUCUUUUGAUGAAAAAUGAUUCAGCUAAGUGAAAAACUGGGGUCGGAUUGUAGUAGAGGAAUCUACAAGCUUAUCCAGACUCUUAAGAGUGGACUUGGUUCUCCAGCCUUGUACACUGUGCUACAGGAGACCUCAAAACCAAAACUCGUUGCUUGUUCAGCCUUGACUCUCCCGGAUCUUGCAGAGCAGUUUGCGCCUCCUGACAUUGCCCCCCCUCUUCUUAUCAAGCUUGUGGAAGCCAUCGAAAAGAAAGGUCUGGAAUGUUCAACUCUAUACAGAACACAGAGCUCCAGCAGCCCCGCAGAAUUAAGACAGCUUCUUGAUUGUGAUACGGCCUCUGUGGACUUGGAAAUGAUCGAUGUGCAUGUUUUAGCAGACGCUUUCAAACGCUACCUGCUGGACUUACCAAAUCCUGUCAUUCCCGUAGCCGUUUACAGUGAAAUGAUUUCUUUAGCCCCAGAAGUACAAAGCUCCGAAGAAUAUAUCCAGCUGUUGAAGAAGUUCAUUAGGUCGCCUAACAUACCUCAUCAGUAUUGGCUUACGCUUCAGUAUUUGUUAAAACAUUUCUUCAAGCUCUCUCAAACCUCCAGCAAAAAUCUCUUGAAUGCAAGAGUGCUCUCUGAAAUUUUCAGCCCUAUGAUUUUCAGAUUCCCAGCAACCAGCUCUGAUAAUACUGAACACCUCAUAAAAGUUAUAGAAAUUUUAAUCUCAACUGAAUGGAACGAACGACAGCCUGCACCAGCACUGCCUCCUAAACCACCAAAACCCACUACUGUAGCCAACAACGGUAUGAAUAACAAUAUGUCCUUACAAGAUGCUGAAUGGUACUGGGGAGAUAUCUCGAGGGAAGAAGUGAAUGAAAAACUUCGAGAUACAGCAGAUGGGACCUUUUUGGUACGAGAUGCAUCAACUAAAAUGCAUGGUGAUUAUACUCUUACACUAAGGAAAGGAGGAAAUAACAAAUUAAUCAAAAUAUUUCAUCGGGAUGGGAAAUAUGGCUUCUCUGACCCAUUAACCUUCAAUUCCGUGGUUGAAUUAAUAAACCACUACCGGAAUGAAUCUCUAGCUCAGUAUAAUCCCAAAUUGGAUGUGAAAUUACUUUAUCCAGUAUCCAAAUACCAACAGGAUCAAGUUGUCAAAGAAGAUAAUAUUGAAGCUGUAGGGAAAAAAUUACAUGAAUAUAACACUCAGUUUCAAGAAAAAAGUCGAGAAUAUGAUAGAUUAUAUGAAGAAUAUACCCGUACUUCCCAGGAAAUCCAAAUGAAAAGAACAGCUAUUGAAGCAUUUAAUGAAACCAUAAAAAUAUUUGAAGAACAGUGCCAAACCCAGGAGCGGUACAGCAAAGAAUACAUAGAAAAGUUUAAACGUGAAGGCAAUGAGAAAGAAAUUCAAAGGAUUAUGCAUAAUUAUGAUAAGUUAAAGUCUCGAAUCAGUGAAAUUAUUGACAGUAGAAGACGAUUGGAGGAAGACUUGAAGAAGCAGGCAGCUGAGUACCGAGAGAUUGACAAACGUAUGAACAGCAUUAAACCAGACCUCAUUCAACUAAGAAAGACGAGAGACCAAUACCUGAUGUGGUUGACUCAAAAAGGUGUUCGGCAAAAGAAGUUGAAUGAGUGGUUGGGCAAUGAAAACACUGAAGACCAAUAUUCACUGGUGGAAGAUGAUGAAGAUCUGCCCCACCACGAUGAGAAGACGUGGAACGUCGGGAGCAGCAACCGGAACAAAGCUGAAAACCUGCUGCGAGGGAAGCGGGACGGCACUUUCCUGGUCCGGGAGAGCAGUAAACAGGGUUGCUACGCCUGCUCCGUAGUGGUGGAUGGUGAAGUAAAGCAUUGUGUCAUAAACAAGACGGCCACUGGCUAUGGCUUUGCAGAGCCCUAUAACUUGUACAGCUCUCUGAAGGAACUGGUGCUACAUUACCAACACACCUCCCUCGUGCAGCACAACGACUCCCUCAACGUCACACUAGCCUACCCGGUGUAUGCACAGCAGAGGCGAUGAAGCGCUCACCCUCGGGGUCCUUCUCCUGAAGUUCAACCACCUGAGGCCUCUGGAAAGCACAGGGCUCCUCUCCAGCCUGACCUGUGAAUUGAGCUGCAGAAACGAAGCCGUCUGUCUUCAGAUGGGACUAGAGCUCUCUUUGACAAAAAAGAAGUAGGGGAAGAUAUGCAGCCUAGGGCUGUGUGAUGACCACACGUGUCUCGUGCGGAGUGCUUAUCCUUCCUUUCUUCCCUUCUUUUUUUUUUUUGUUUUUUGUUUAAAGCCACAAAGAGAAAAAGAAAUGCAAAAAUCUCUGCGCGCAGGGACAAAGAGGCCUUUAACCAUGGUGCUUGUUAAUGCUUUCUGAAGCUUUACCAGCUAAAAGUUGGGACUUUGGAGACCGGAGGGUUUGGAGGGCUGAAGAGCCCUCGUGGCCUGAGGAUGCUCGGUCCAGCCUGGGUUAGCCUGGGUGUUGCUGUGCACGGUCGAGCCAGACACACCGCACUGUGGAUUAUUUCAUUUUCUAACAAGUGAACGAUAUGUAGCAGAAAGGCACUUCCACUCACGAGGGGCGCUUUGGGAGAACGUCAGUUCGUGCGUGUUCAGAAGAAAUUAUGUCAUAGCAAAGUGCCAGAAAGUGUUUUAACUUGUCAAAAGGAAAAAAACCCACCAACAGAUAAAUGGAACUUGGAAAACAGGACUUUAAAAGACACUCAGUAUAUAAAAUAUGUACAUAAUAUUGGAUGACUAACUUUGUAUCAAUACCAAAUAGCUUCUGUUUUGUUUUGCUGAAGGCUAAAUUCACAGUGCUAUGCAAUUCUUAAUUUUCAUUAAGUUGUUAUCUCAGUUUUAAAUGUACCUUCAGAAUAAGCUUCCCCACCUGUUUUUGUUGCUUGAAAAUGUUCCUGAUUUUUGUUAAUAUUCAUUUUGUCAUUAUCUUUUUUUUUUUAAAGAAGAAAUGUGUACAGGAUGCCAGUUAAAAAGGCUUCAGAAUGAAAACUAUGAAAUAUUUUACAGUUUUUCUUGUACAGAGUACUUGGGGGUUAGCCCAAGGUUAAAAAGUUCAUAACAGAUUUUUUGGACUAAAUGUUUUGUUGGGCAGUGCCUGAUAAGCUUCAAAGCUGCUUUAUUCAAUAAAAAAAGAAAAAGAUGAAUAUGACAAAGUAUCACUGAGUCCAACAAUGUUUUAAGACUCUUAAAAUACGGUACCUGGCAAUGUUUGUUUCAUAAAGAAUUGUGAACUUCUUGACUCUAGGGAGUGGGAUGUAGCCAAGGGAUGUAACAGGUAGGGUGGCGGGAGGGGUGACAAGGUGUGGUAUGCACUUUCUCUAACUGCAAAGGGAAGUUGCUUAUACUUCAGUCUUUUCUCACUUUGAUUUGCUAGUUGUUAUUGAUUAACGACAAUUACAAACCUACUGUAACAGUGUAGCUGUUCAGGUAUUUCAGCUAUGAAUUUUGGGUUCCUGGAACAGAGCUCAACUUCGUUUAGAACACUGAUUUAAAGGUAUAUAAUCUCUGCCUUUAGAAAGAGUAUCUUUAACAUUAGACUAUCCAUUGUAACCAACCAACGUUCAUUUUAGGAAAAGCAUGAUCUGAAAAAAAUAUUUUUAGUUGGAUAUUUGUUACUUCCCUAGCUUUCCAUUCAGUUUGGAACAGAAAGCAAAUCGACACCCUCACAGUGUCACCACUCUAGACUGUGGAGCUUGCUAAAGGCCAUCACAGGAAUCCGAAGGGAGGUCCUUUUCAUUCAUCCAAAUAAUUGUGUGUUUUACUUCACUAUGGAGAAAAGGAAGGGGUGAUUAGGGCAUUCUUUCCAAUUUAGGGCAAGAGUGAGAGGUCUAUCCCUGAUUUAUAUAUGCAAAAGCUGUUUUGUUCAGUAGGAAUUGUACAUGUGUUGGGAGGAAUGAAUACUAAUUAUAAUCAUGGUCACUACCCUAGUAGAUUAAAAUGGAAUCUUGCAAUUUCAGUUUCCCUGUCUCAGUAUUAGACAGAUUCACCAACAGCUAUAUUUCUCUUCAAGUACUAGGGUGAAGGGUUUUUUGUUGUUUAAUGUUGUUCCUUUUAAAAAUCUUUUGAAAGGAUCGGUCUUGCAGCUGAGUUAAUCACAUGUAGAAUGUAUUAUUUUCCCUCUUUAGGUGAAGCUAUUCAUACCCGAGCAAAAGUCAGACAGCCAGACUGUCAGCCCUCAAACUUGACUGUACUGAUCUGACCAUCUUUCUCUCUCAUCACCAGACAAUUGAUGAUUUCCCUGGUUCUAGUCUCUGAGUGUCUUUGCUUUAAAACUUGUGAUAAUAUCCUUCCAGAUUACACAGAAGUCUAACAGUUAAUUAGUUAAUAGUUUAUAAACUGGGUUUGUGGGGUUUUAGUAGCACACUCAUGUAUGCUAUUAAAUACAAAUAGUUUUCAUUUAAUUUCUAAAAUACAAGAUCUGGGAUUGAAUGUUUUAUUAAAAGCUACAGUUUUGUGAAUGUUUUUGCUUCAACACUUUUUGCAAGAUGACACGGUAUUUAGGCAGUUGCCUUAUUUUUGCAUCUCACAAGCGUAAGUGCAAUAGAUUUUUCAUUGAACAGCAAGGCAGGAUUCAUUGUUCCAUCUCACAGUGAGUGACACCAGACCUAUUCUGUCGAAUGCCUUUUUGAUUGCAGUGUAGCAUGCCCAUUGCAUUUGUCCUCUUAGAUGUUUGGCCACAGGGCACUUUGGGUUCAAUCAGACAGUCAUCUCUUAUCAUCGGAGUGACUCGUGAGUAUGAAUGGAUACACCAAGGGCACUCCUGAUACGUGAUUUUAUCCGUGCAUCAGUUUUUCCUCACCCAACCUAGCAUCCUAAAGCCAGAAGCUAAGCUACAGAGAGGCUGUGAUAGGGCAUAGAAGUGGAAGCAUUGGGACCUCACUGUACACAAGAGAGAUCAUAACCACCUGAAAAGGCAAAAAGCAUGUGUUUGCAACAUCUGACUUCAUGGCCUUUCAUAUAUGUAUAUAUGUAUAUGUGCAUGGACUGUGUUUCCAGUACACCUUUCAGCCAAGACAGAUCCACAGUCAUCGAUUUUAAGUACAUUACAAGCAAAUGUCAAGUACGAUUCUUAUGUAUGUGUAUGGUUUGUUUAUUUUCUUUGAGGUUGCUUUGUUUUGUCUUAUAAAGGUGAAAAUCGUUUGCAAGUGAAGUGAGAAGUUUGUAUUUCUUUGGCUUUUUUGUGUUUUUAAAAGUUACUCCUUUUAGGGAGCUGGUCUGGAUGACUUAAUUAACUUGGAAAAACUUGUUUUUGGUGUGUCGAGUCAAAAUGUGUUUAUGUGAGCUGUCACUGUGGGGAACAAAUUGCUUUGUCAUAUAGCUGGUUAUGAACUAGUAACGUGUUUGGGAAGUCCUACUGAUGUUCCUUAUUGGGAGAAAAAUUCUGCUGGUUUUAACAACUGUGCUUUUGCUAUGCAUGGUAUCAAAGUCCAUUGGAAAGCAGACCCUGUUUAAGUUUAGGGUCAUUUAAAGAAAGGGGCAGUUUAAAGCACAAUGCCUCACAUGGGACACAGUUCCAAAAUGCCAAAUCCUUGUUUUUUUUAAAACUCUAGUUAUAUAAAAGGUGAAGAAGAAAUAGAAUAAGUGAGUCAAUUGGACAGACUAUCCAACUUAACAUUAAACUUGUCACCAUGAGAUAGCAUUAGCUGCCCAGGAUGCUGCUAUUUAAAAAAGGAAAAAAAAGGAAAAAAAAAAUGAAAAAACCAAAUAAAAAAAACAAAACUCAUUUAUACCUGUGUAUUUUUUAAAGCUACAAUCUGUUCAAUGUUUUUACAAAUCUGUUUAUAUGACAUUGUUAAAAUAAAGUUGGUCUUUUGACGAGAGGGAGGAUGUCAUGGUCAGUUGUAAUUUUGCCUUUACAAGGCAACUGGGAUGGGGGGGUGGGGGGAGUAUGCCUCCUUGACAUUUUGUUCAAGUUAUAGAUUCAAUGGAGCUAUGUCUUGUUUUAAGUUGCUUUAAUGCAUUGUAUUAGGUCUCCAAACAGAAUAAAGGUUGUUUUGAAACU